AACAACACAAAUAAUGGCUGCUGUCAUUAGGCAGCAGAGUAGAGAGAAAAAAAAAACAUACAGGUUCUAGAAAAUACAAAACGUUUUCCUUAUUCCGUAGCAGCUGUUCGAACAAACUGCUUGCGAGUAGUAUUCUCGUUGACGGGUUAGCUAGUAAUAUUGUUCGUGCAAUCGUGAGUGCAUUCGGCGCUGAUCCCGCAAUACAGAUACAUGGCAAAGGUAAAAUACGACUGGUAUCAAACAGACACGGCCGUCACGGUGACGGUGCUGUUAAAAAAUGCGUCCGAAAAAAACUACACCGUCCAGCUGGAGCAAAACGCACUCACCCUGCAGGCGGACGGCAUCGAACCCAUCGCACUGAACCUAUGGAAUCCGAUCAACGUUGAGCAGAGCUCACACAAAGCAUCACCGAGCAAGGUGGAAAUAAAGCUCGCCAAACUGAUCGGCCAACGUUGGGAUGCUCUCGAGCGGAAGCUUGCGACGGAAGAACCAUCGUCAACAUCGUCUGCCGCCGCGAAGAAGAAGCACGAUUGGGACAAAAUCUCGAAAGAAAUCGAAAACGAUGAUGAGACGAAGGACGACGUCAGCGCACUGUUUAAAAAGAUCUUUGCCGAUGCCAGUGAGGACACCCGGAAGGCGAUGAUGAAGUCGUACUACGAGUCUAGCGGCACUGUCCUGAGCACCAACUGGGACGAGGUUGGUGCACAGCCGGUGCAGGUUAGGCCCCCGGACGGGUGUGAGUUUAGGAAGUGGAACUAAAGCCCCGCCAGCAUCCCGGUUACAACAAACGCUGUUCUUUCAUCGCUUCGGGAGGGAAAAGAAACGAUAAGCAUCUCUGUCUCAAACCGUUUGUUUCAUCCGGUUUUGAAGUGAAGUGUACGCUCAUAUUUUAAUUUAUACCUCUGAUGUGGCCACCACAGGAGGAGUGCAAAAUCCAAAUUAUCGCUUUAAUCGCUCGCACCAGCCAGCCGCUUCCUUCGGGAAGAACAUUUGCAGUGUGUUGCGGUAGUACUGAUCGGCAAGCUCGACCGUUGGCUUUCCUUUUAUGCCUGCUAGCACUUCCAGUACUUGGCUAGAAAUAGAACAAAUACAAUUGAACAUUAACCCAAA